AGGGCUGGGCUAGCAGGGGCUGCGGGUCGGGAGGGAGGGGCACCGGCAGGGCCGUGGGGCAGGGCAGGGCUGGGCUAGCAGGGGCUGCGGGUCGGGAGGGAGGGGCACCGGCAGGGCCGUGGGGCAGGGCUGGGCUAGCAGGGGCUGCGGGUCGGGAGGGAGGGGCACCGGCGGGGCCGUGGGGCAGGGCUGGGCUAGCAGGGGCUGCGGGUCGGGAGGGAGGGGCACCGGCGGGGCCGUGGGGCAGGGCUGGGCUAGCAGGGGCUGCGGGUCGGGAGGGAGGGGCACUGGCAGGGCCGUGGGUGGGAGGGAGGGGCGCCAGGCCAGGCCUACUCCGAGGUUUGGCACAGCAGUGGUUAAGGCAGCCGGGGGAGGGGACAGUGGCUCAGCCAAUGGCUGCGCUGCGUGGCCGAGGCCGUGGGGUGGUGCUGUGGAGGCGGCUGGGGUACGCCAGGCCCGGCCAUGGGGCCCGGGGACCGUGCGGCGCUCCUGCAAGUGGCCUGGACAGGGUGGCUGUGGAGGUGGGGUAUGGGCACUAUGCAGAGCCCCCCGUGCCCUGGCUGCCCCCCACCCUGGCCGUGCCCUGCAAGUCGCUGGUGAACCUGGGCCACAUGGUGCUGGGCUGGCGCUGCUUCCCCUGGGCUGGCCACGGGCACCGCCUGCUGCUGGCCGGCUUCGCCCUGCUGGCCCUGGCGUGGGCCCGGCUCUGGACCCAGCACCUGCGGGCGGCUGUGCUGGGCCAGUGGGUCACACCUGCCAUCUUCGCCUGGCGCCCUUGCUUGGCGUGGGGCUGGCAGCCCGGCCGCGGGGCGCUGGGGGCCGCGCUGCUGCGCUACGGGCUGGCGGUGGCCCACACACGUGGCUUUGAGGUGGCCCUGGCGGCCCACGUGGCAGGGUGGCGGUGCCAGGGGGACGUGGGCUCGGCCUGGACCACAGCAGCCGGUUUCGCCGCCUGCAGCUGGGAGGUGCCUGGCUGCCCCGUUCCGGAGACCCAGCGGCCACUUCCGGUCCAAGGCGUGUGACGGGCUGCAAUUCCCCCGCGCCUGGGAAGGGGCCCAAGGCCCCGGCCCCCCCUGGCCCUGCCCGCCCUGCC